CUAAGUUACUGAGUCAGGAAAAAAGGUGGUCCCAGUCCGAAAACACCGUUUCCAAGCAGGCGGUCUCAGUUUCAUACUUUUCUUCUCAUAUCGCUUCGUCCCUCAAGCGAUACAAACACGUUAACAACCAUCAUUCUUGGACUCAAUGUAUUCAUGUUAGCAAAAACUAAGGAGAUACUAUCUUUCUAACCGGAUUACAGUUUUAGAAACACGGUGAAAUGAAGAGAAGAGCUGAAAGUGGAGUGAAGAGGCAGGCGCUGGGAAUCUCGCCUUCUUCCUCCCACCACCGCCUGUAAGAAAACCCCUCUUAAGAUUUACUCUCUUGUGAUUGACUUUGACUGGAUUUCAGGCCAUUCUGGAUUGUGGUUUGGAGAGGUAACUGGUUGUGGGACUGGACGUGUCCCUUUGUGGCAUUUUCUGGUGUGGCACUGCACCGUGCACCGAUUGGAUGUUGCCUGGGAGCUGAGGAUGUGCUGCUGGCACCAGGAAGGAAGGAUUUUGAUGUGAUGGGGUGCAGGACGAGCAAAGUCCUCCCAGAGCCACCCGCUGAUGUCCAACUUGACUUAGUCAAAAAAGUAGAGCCACAUCAGACUGAUGUCUAUAAAAACUUCAUUAAAAGUGAUGGCGGCGGGGCGAAAACAGGCUCGCCAUCCCCUCAGGGUCAAAGCCAGGCUGCUGCGAAGGUGAGCCAGUCCCCUCCUCCAGCUAACAGUCAGACGGAGCCUGCUGACCCACACCGGAAAAAGGUAGCCAAAUACAGGGCCAAAUUUGACCCUCGAGUGACUGCUAAGUAUGAUAUCAAAGCUUUGAUAGGCCGGGGCAGUUUCAGUCGGGUGGUACGAGUGGAACACAGAAGCACACGGCAGCCAUACGCCAUCAAGAUGAUCGAGACUCGCUACCGUGAGGGCAGAGAGGUAUGUGAAUCUGAACUUUGCGUGCUGCGACGGGUGCGCCACACCAACAUCAUUCAACUGAUGGAGGUGUUUGAGACGGCGGAGCGGGUCUACAUGGUGAUGGAGCUGGCCACCGGCGGAGAACUGUUCGAUCGCAUCAUCGCCCGCGGCUCUUUCACAGAAAGGGACGCCACGCGAGUGCUGCAGAUGGUUCUCGAUGGGGUGAAGUACCUCCAUACGUUGGGCAUCACACACAGGGACCUAAAGCCUGAAAACUUACUUUAUUACCAUCCUGGUGCUGAUUCCAAGAUUAUGAUCACAGACUUUGGCUUGGCCAGCACACGGAAGAAAGGAGACGAAUGCCUGAUGAAGACUACCUGUGGAACACCUGAGUACAUCGCUCCUGAGAUACUCGUGCGAAAGCCGUACACUAAUGCAGUAGACAUGUGGGCACUGGGAGUCAUCUCCUACAUACUGCUCAGUGGCACCAUGCCUUUUGAGGAUGACAAUCGCAUGCGCCUGUACCGACAGAUCCUCAAAGGGAAAUACAGCUUCUCUGGGGAGCCAUGGCCAAGUGUUUCCAAUCUUGCGAAGGACUUCAUUGACCGUGUCCUCACAGUGGAUCACACUGAGCGUCUGACUGCGGGCCAGGCACUUAAACAUCCUUGGAUUGUCAGCAUGGCUGCUUCCUCCUCCAUGAAGAACCUGCAGCGGUCCAUUUCCCAGAACCUCCUGAAGAGAGCAUCAUCACGCUGCCACAGCACCAAAUCAGCACAGUCCACUCGCUCCAGCCGCUCCACGAAGUCCAGCAAGGCACGACGUGUUCGUGAGAAGGAGCUGCGGGAACUUAAUCGCCGUUACCAGCAGCAGUGCAGCAGUUGAGAGCGAAGUGACAAACAAGACUGUGAAACAAGACUUUGUGUACCUUACGAAAAACAUCGGAACAGAUGCAGGAAUGGAGCAGAGCAACAUUGUGCCUCAACUUAGAUGUCAACUUCCUGCUCCAUCACCACAGAGCCAAUUAGCAGAAAACCUCCUUCUAAACUUUCAUUCAUUUUCUAUUUUUCUGCUGUUUCUCUCUUGUUUAUUACCUUUUAUGUGAUUGUUUUAUUUAUUUAUUGUUGAUGCAUUUUCCUUGGAAAUGAUCUCAUUCAGCCUUUUACCUGAUUGUAUCUGUUGAACAGAAAUUUAACAGAAGUUGCUGGAAGGACUAAGAAAGAAAUCACCUUCCUGAUUUUUGCUGUGAAUUAUUUGUUAUGGUACCCACUGGAAGACUGCUCUUCUAAUGGGGGAAACGUGCUGUUUAUUCAUUAUUAGCAACAAAUCACAUCAACAUGUGAUGGUUUAUUGUGCCUUAAUAUCACUUUGAAAAUGAUGGAAGGGUUAGAAUCAAAUAGUUGGUAAUUGCUUUGGAAGUAACCACGUAUAUAUCACAUUUGCAAUGAUACACACAUUGUAAACUCUUAAUAUUGUGGGUGUUUACUUAUGAGCAUUAAAGGGGUAGUACACACAAAUAUGAAAAUUCUGUCUUCGUUUAUUCACGAAAUGAGAAGAAAAGAAGAUAUUUUGAAGAACUGUUUUUGUCCAUACAAUGAGUCCAAGUCAGUGGGGUCCAAAAACAACAGUAAACUUCACUGACUUUAAUUGUAAGGCCAAAACAAACAAACCAAAAUUCAUGGUCUGCAGGAAUCAAUAAGUCAUAUUGGUUUAGAAAUGACAUGAGGGCAGUUUUUUGUCUUACAAUUUGGUCUUUUUUUAUACACUCAUAAUUACAAGAUAAAAUAAAAAAAUCCCCUGUGAGAUAAAAGUUGCAAAUUACAACUUUUUUUUGUCAGAAAUGCAAGAAAAAAGUAACAGUUCUGUAGCAGAAACAGGCUUUCGAAUGAGGGUGAUAAGACAAUGACAGAAUUCUCAUUUUUGGAUGAACAAUACCUUUAGGUUGGUCCAGAAGUAUCAAAGAGCUCUAGGUUGCCCAAUAUCUGUUGUGUAUCCUGAAUGGGAAAAGACUGUACUUUUUUCUAGCCUUUUGCAACCCUACUAAUUUGGACCCAGUUGUUAAAACCUGUUGAAAAAGUACACAGAAAAUUGUAUUUCAGAAUAGUCCAAGACUUGGGUUUAAGUCUUUAGAUUUGGUCAGUGAACAAACCUGCCGUGAUUCUUUACUUCUACUCUUGGAAGUGUUGUAGUAAUUAAUCGUACUAACUGAUAUUGAUUGCUCUCAGUAUGGGUGGCAAGUAUCGGGAAGCCUUGAUUCAGAAUCGGUUACUUUCUCUGUCACCAGCUGUUGUGCCUUGAGCAAGGCACUGAACCACCAUGAAGGACUUUUGGCAGCCUUUUCACUCUCACCCCCUCUUUCAGAAACCAGUAGAGAUGUGCCAGAGAAAUUCUUGUGUGCCUGUAUUAACAAGGAACAUUUGGUCAGAUCUCAAACAUGAUUCUUCAUGAAAAUAAUUACUGGUAAAACUGUGAUGAUAUGAAGACUUCUCAAAAUAUGUUAUUAAAUCUGUUUUAAUCUAUUCUUUUUUAUAAAAUCUUAUAUCAAAAUUAUGGAGAAAAGGAAUUUGUGUAUUUGGCGUGUGUUUCGUUUCACAGCAAGUUCCUUGAAUUAGUUUUACAAAUUGCAACAUCACAUUGAUUACAGUAUUUAAGUGCACAAAUAUUCUCAUUUUUGGUUUCUUCCACAUUCUCUUACUUUUAAGCUUGUUAGGAAACUUUAGAAAAAUAUUUUUCCUUCAUUUGGGUUAUAUUUAUUGGUUAUAUUCAACAGUUUUUCAACCGGCUUACUAUGUUGGGUUCUUUUGUAUAAGUAUAGUACUAGAGAUUUAAAUCAGUAAAAGUUGCUGGAGGGUUCAUAUGAGAGUAUUAAGGCUGUCAUACAUUACUGGUUCAUUUUAAUUCAGUAGUAUCCAUUAAAAUCUGUCAUGAAAUCAAAAGAGACUUUGGGAAGACCACUGUUUUUUUUUUUAUAUGCCUUUAUACCCCAAAUAUUUUUCUCUCUCAAGAAAAAAGCUAUUUUAUUUGUGCUUGUUAAAAUGUAUCUGAUUUUCUAGCACAUCAAAAUGAGACUAGAAAGGAAAAUACUCUUAAAAGUGCAAAACUAUUUUUGAUUUAGUGUUAUCACCACCGUUCAUGUAAGGAAUGUGUGUUUGUAGCUACAGUUGAAAUAAAACUGCAACUGUUGUCCAAUUGUUGAAUUCAAUCCAACACUGUCUCUUGAAAAUGCUUGUUUUGUGCCUUCUGGUCAAUUUUAAUAAAGCAAAACUAUAGAAUUA